AUGGCUGCAGCGAAACAAGCAUUAAAAAUUAGAUUGCCUCCUCUACCUAGCAUCAAGGAUGUCAUCAAGUUGUAUAAGUUACGCGCAAUACGUGAAUUAUCGCAGAAUUUUCUCAUGGAACCAAGGUUAAUUGAUAAAAUAGUUAGAGCUGCUGGGCACAUAGAGAAUAAUGUAGUUUGUGAGGUAGGACCAGGUCCGGGCGGUAUAACGAGGUCCAUCAUCCAGCAAGGACCGAGGAAACUUGUUUUGAUCGAGAAAGAUCCACGAUUUAUACCCACCUUAGAACUUUUAGCAGAUGCAUGUAGAGGCAAAGUAGAUGUAGAUAUUGUUACCGGUGACAUUUUAAAAACUGAUAUUUCACAAUUUCUUCCAGAAGAUACUAAACACGAAUGGACAGAUUCACCUCCACCAAUAAACUUAAUAGGCAACUUGCCUUUCAGUGUUUCAACAAUUUUAAUGGUCAGAUGGUUAGAAAUGAUUUCCAAAAGAGAAGGGCCUUGGUCUUUUGGCCGUGCCAGAAUGACAUUAACAUUUCAAAAGGAAGUUGCUGAAAGAAUGGCUGCCUGCAUAAUGGAUAAGCAGAGAUGCAGAUUAUCUGUUAUGUGUCAGAAUUGGUGUAGUGUAAAAUAUAAGUUUGAUAUUCCUGGCGCUGCUUUUGUUCCUAAGCCAGAUGUAGAUGUUGGUGUGGUCACAUUGACUCCAAUGAAGCAGCCUAUAAUAAAAUUGCCCUUCAAGCUUAUUGAAAAAGUUGUGCGACAGAUAUUUUCUAUGAGACAAAAAUAUUCUAUUCGUGGAGCCCAAACUUUAUUUCCAGAGGAAGUGCGUGAAGAAAUGGCCCUAAGAAUGUAUAAAAUGGCAGAGAUUGACCCAAUUACCAGACCCUUUCAAAUAGCUACAGGAGAAUUUGGACGAUUAUGUGAAGCUUAUAAUGAAAUCAUCAAGAUAUAUCCUGAAUUUGAAAAUUAUGACAUGAGAGCUCCGAAGAAAAAAAUUGAUGCUGACGUUGAGGCAAUAACAUAAUUAUUAUUUGUAUAUAGUAGGUAAAAUAAAGUAUUUCUGUUUAGUCAAAA